AUGUGGUCGCGACCAAAUGGCACACAUCCAAAUCCCCAGGAAGCGAACCAGCAUGGGGAUGAAUGGGGCCAUUGGCCAAGUCAAGGACACCAGAUGAUGCCAGCAGCCACAAUUCAACCUCAAGUAUAUAAUCAACAGUAUAUCCAAGCCCAAUUUGUGUUUCAGGAAACGGGAGAAAUGGUGUAUCCGCCACAUCAGCACAGCCAGCAAGCAUACGCCUUCAUUCAAAACAAUGCCCUCGAGCAACCCAAUGUUCUCCAGUAUCAGCAAUCCGCGAAUACAUACACAACAAAUGGAAGCACUCCUACACAAGGCGCUGGGAAUGCCAUCCAGAGCACUAGAGUAAUCAACGCCUUCUGCAACAACUGUGGAAGCGUCGGCCACAGAAUGCAAUUCUGCAUGAAAAAGAUCGACAACAAAGGCUACAUGACUGGAUGCCCACCGUGUAAUACGACAAUGCACAACUAUCGCGAUCCUCAAGCAUGCAAGUAUCCCUAUACAAGCACGUCCGAUCUGUACUUUAUCGUAAUAUGCCGCCACAACCGACCUCCUUUGAAAGUAAGCAUCGACUAUCGCUAUAUAAUGGAUUUCGCGAAGAGUCUAUAUCGUCCAUGGACCGCAGAUUAUACACUGAGGAUGAAAGCUCGUGGGUUUCUGGCGACGUUUAAACACCAGGUUCAGGUUAGAGAUGAGACAUUGGUUGCGGAUCCAGUGUGGGGUGAUAUAUUAACUUUCAACAAGAGAUAUCCACCGGGGACUCUGAAGCAUCCUGAUUAUCUGCAGCCGCCAAAGCUAUCUGCUCCUCGCAAGCCGCCAACUGGAGAGGGCAAUCGCGAAGCUUCCGUCCCACAAGGUCUUCCUCUUACUGCGCGCCAGCUAAAGAAUGCUCGCCGGCGGCAGAGAUUGAAACCCAAACUCAGGUCGCUUGAAUCUACCGUUGGAUCCUCUAGCGGAAGGAGGAUCCAGGCAGAAGAUACGAAGACAAAGAUAAUCUCUGAGUUGGAGAAGACAGUUGCCUCUGCUAUGAAAGAAGUACAUACGGUUGCUAGUACAUCUGACAUACCUCCUAGCCAAGUGAAGAGAUCUAUUCCCACUACUCCGAAGAGCAUGCUUCUCAAGCGAACCCUCCUCAUCUCAAAAAGCAAACCCGAAUGUCUUCCGUUGCUGGCAGAACCACCCACAGUUCCAAAAUGGUUAUUUCGGGUGGAGUUCAGAAGACAGCAACUGCCAAAACUUUGA